AUGGAUAUCCUUAGCCAGCAAAGCAGAUCCCGAGCAAAACCAGAGUUUCAGGCAAUCAUUUUAUCCGGAUUUGGCUCUCAACUGGGCCCACUUAUCGAGCCUCACGGAGAUGAGCCAACACCAAAGGCGUUACUUCCUGUAAAGAAUAAACCUCUCUUAUCGUACGGACUUUCGUGGCUGGAGGAGGCAGACGUCAAAGAUGCGCUCAUAGUCUGCCCUCCGUCUCAUGUACGUGCAUUGACGGAUCAUUUCCAAGCGACUUCACCGGUCCUCAAUGUCAAAAUCCAUGCGUAUGAUCCGGACUCGGAUGGGACGUCGUCUACUGUAUCAAUCCUGAAGAAGCUUACGCCUAGAAUCCAGUCCGAUUUCAUUGUCCUCUCUUGCGACUUUGUCCCCUCUCCUGAGCUGCAUCUCAGCAGUCUCCUCAACUUGUGGAGAGUCGAUAGCAGUGAGGCGAUCAUGGCGUCCCUAUUCUACGAGGCAAGCGAGGAAGCGCAGAAGCGUAAAGACAAACCAUUGCCGAAUACCAUAUAUAAGGAGUCGAGUAUAUUGGGUGUCGCAUACGACAAGGGAUCUGAAGUGCAGAUACCCAUGCAUCUCCUAACCAAAUUUGGCCGAUGUCGUGUAACGAGCCAGCUUGCCGACUCUCACGUUUACGUCUUCAAGCGUUCCGUGCUGGAGCUUCUGCCUUUAGUACCAGAGUUCAAGUCCAUUAAGAAGGAUCUGGUUCCAUUUCUUUGCUCGUUACAGUAUUCGCGGACGCGGAGAAAUAAAUUCUCCCACAUCCUGACCCCUCCACAAAAAGUCACCACAGCGGAGAACGUCCAGGAUAAGGGUGAGAUCAGUGUAUUCACUGCGCUGCAAUACUCCACCACACAGGAGCUUGAUUUUCGUACCAUGUCAGCCACAAUUCCUGCCAGAGCACGAACACCAACAAACGCCCAAAAGAAUGCUUGGGACGAUGAAGGGAGCUCAACUGAAGAAGCUAGUGAAGGAGACAUUGAUGAAGAUGAACCCACGUUUGUCCCAUCUCUUCGCUGUGCCUUUCUGGUCCAUAAACGGAGCAAAGACGGCGUGACAUGUGGACGUGCGAACAAUCUGUCAGCAUAUCGCGAACUAAAUCAAGGGUUACUGAAGCACUCUUCCCUCGAGCCCAAAGGGGUACGCGACGGUGUCGACCCAAAGGCGCAAAUAUCACCAAAUUCUGCCUGGGAGGUAUCCAGCAGAAUCGGAGAAGGCUCGAUUGUGGCCUCGAGUGCGAUCGGUCAACACUGUGUGAUAGGGAAGCAAGUCCGUAUCGUCAACUCGGUGAUCAUGAACCAUGUCGAACUUGGUGACGGUGUGAGGAUUGAAAACUGCAUCCUCAGCAGCUACACCAAAGUCGGAGAGAAGACGGAGCUCAAAGAUUGUGAAUCAACUCCUGGUGCAGAGAUACCUGGAGAAAAGAGUUACAAGAGCACUCGCUUGGACGGCAAAUCUUUCAAGACGAUGUCUAGCAGCACAUAA